AUGUUUCAGUUACAUGGAAGUCCAGGAGAUUAUGCAUGGGGAGCUCAUGGUUUUGAUUCUAUUAUAUCACAGCUUUUGAAUCAGUUAGAAGGUUCUGGUGCACCUCCUGCCCCUGAAGAAAAAAUAGAAAAUCUGCCCAAAGUUAAAAUAAACCAAGAACAAGUUGGUAAAACUUUACAAUGCUCAGUUUGUUUUGAUGAUUAUUCAUUAGGAGAAGAAGUAAAUAAAUUACCUUGUGAACACCAUUAUCAUCCACAAUGUAUUAUACCUUGGUUAAAAUUACAUGGCACAUGUCCUAUUUGUCGUAAAGAUUUAAAUGGUGAAGUUGUUGAAAUAAAAGAUAAUGAUAUGCCACCAGAUUCACCUUUUUGA